CCGUUAUAUAUAUUGAAUAAAUAACCUUCCAUCAACCUCUCCCUUCUCCUCGUCCGGUUACGAGAGAAUGGCGGCGGCGACGUGCAAGACCUCCCCGAUCCCGACAAAUCUCAACCAUCCGCACCGCCCAAAACCCCACAUCCCGCGCUUCCAAACCGUCCGAUGCGCCUCCCGCCAGACUCCUAAAACCUCCUCCAAAACCCUAGCCCACGGCGACCCCUCCCCGGCCUUCCGCUCCGUCACUGCCUUCGCCCCCGCUACCGUCGCCAACCUCGGCCCCGGCUUCGACUUCCUCGGCUGCGCCGUCGACGGCGUCGGCGACACCGUCACCGUUGCCGUCGACCCCGCCGUCCCCGCCGGAACCCUCUCCAUCUCCUCCAUCUCCGGUACCGCCACUUCCGCCGCCAAGCUCAGCCGUGACCCCCUCUGGAAUUGCGCCGGCAUCGCCGGCAUCGCCGCCAUGCGGGCCCUCGGCGUCCGCUCCAUCGGGCUCUCCCUCCACCUCGAGAAGGGCCUCCCCCUCGGCAGCGGCCUCGGCUCGAGCGCCGCCAGCGCCGCCGCAGCGGCCGUCGCCGUCAACGGCCUCUUCGGCGGCCGCCUCUCGCUCGGCGAGCUCGUCCGCGCCGGGCUCGAGUCGGAGAAGAAGGUCAGCGGGUACCACGCCGACAACAUCGCCCCCUCGAUCAUGGGCGGCUUCGUUCUGAUCCGGAGCUACGAUCCCCUCGAACUCCUCCGGUUGGAGUUCCCCGCCGGUCAAGAUCUCUACUUUGUGCUCGUGAGCCCGGAAUUCGAGGCGCCGACGAAGAAGAUGAGAGCGGCGCUGCCGCCGGAAGUCAAGAUGAAGGACCAUGUCCAGAAUUCCAGCCAGGCGGCAGCGCUGGUCGCGGCGGUGGUGCAGGGGGAUGUCAGAGUUUUGGGCUCGGCGAUGUCGUCGGAUGGGAUCGUGGAGCCGAGGAGGGCACCGCUGAUACCAGGGAUGGCUGGGGUGAAGAAGGCGGCGAUUCAGGCUGGUGCAUUCGGGUGCACGAUAAGUGGUGCGGGUCCAACGGCGGUGGCGGUGAUUGAUGGCGAGGACAAGGGGAAGGAGAUUGGGGAUCGGAUGGUGGAGGCAUUCUUGAGUGAGGGGAAAUUGAAGGCAAGUGCAACGGUGGCGAGACUGGAUAGAUUUGGAGCUAGGGUUAUCAACAGCAAUGCUGAUUAAAACGCUGUUGGCGACCUUCUUUUUCCUAAACUGAUCCCUAUCGAGUCCUUGAUGCCAGAAAGCAGAGGUUCAGUGUAAAGGAAAAGUUUGUCUCACAAAGGAGCUCCUCAGAACCGUUUCCAGUCUUGCAGCUGUGGUUUUAUACUUCGCUUCUUAAUCUGGAUUCUUGUCUGUAGAGACACCCGUGAGGCAACUUGCACCUUCAGUUCUAGCAGCUCAUGCUUAACAGUUUUGAACUGCCAUCAACAGUCCUGCCAUUUUUUUGACGCGAGUUAAUUAGGCUUCUUCGGACUGCUUAUAAUGAUAUCCUUGCCCUGGAAAUCUGAUGGUGGGAGGCUAUGUGAAUUUACAUUCAACAGGGGAUUGGAUGCAUUGUUUCAGACUUGUGAAAAUCAUGAGAUUGCUUUGUCAUCUUUUCGGUCUAUUAGUAUUGAAAAUAUCUAGCAAUUGGCUUAACAUCAGAUCUGUAGGGGUUAUGGAUGGUUGAUAAGAAUGUAUUUCUAGAAGAAAUGAGGUGAUAGUUUUUAGAAGAAAUGAGGUCAUAGACAGCAAUCAAGCAUCUC